UUGUAACACUAAUAUAUGUGAGAUAUAUUACACUCUCUUUACCACUCAACCCUCAUUUCAUCUCAACGGAUUUCUUUAGCUGAUUUGCCUUUUUAUUGAAGUUUUCUAGUUUUGAGCUGUCGAUUUUAUUUAGGUGGAAGCUUGAAUCUUUUCUCGUAAAUCACAGAACUUGUCGAAAAUAAUCGAACUCUUUUAAGGGUUUAUACAGAUUUGACCUUCAAAUUGGUAUUUUGAUUAUCUUUAUUAAAAUUAGAUUAUUUAGGAUUCAAAGUUUUGUGAUUGUAAGAUGUCACGAUUGAUUCUACCCUGCAAAGCUUCUAGCUUGUCGAAGACAUGCCUCUUGGGUUUGGUCUCCUCUGCACCUCUACGACAGAGCGUCCGUGUGACUGGCAAUUCGGUAAAGAAAGUUUUUAGAUACAGACCAUUUCUGUGCUCUGAGAAUAUCAAUCGGAGAAAUUGUCAGACACCAUAUUACUCACUGCCUAGGCCUAGAAAUAUUGGAAGGAGGUUCAUCUGCUCUGUGGCAACAGAACCACUACCGAAGCAAGCCGAAGAAACUAAUAUGGAUGCACCAAAAGAGAUAUUUCUGAAGGAUUACAAAGAACCAGAUUAUUUCUUUGAAAAGGUGGAUUUGAAUUUUCAGUUGGGCGAGGAAACAACUUUAGUUUUUUCCAAAAUUUUUGUGUCUCCCAGGGUUGAAGGUUGUUCAGCACCUUUAGUCUUGGAUGGGGCAGAUCUGAAACUGAUUGUGUUGAAGGUGAAUGGAGAGGAUGUGAAGGGAGAUGAUUUCCAUGUUGAUUCACGGCAUCUGACGCUUUCCUCUCCUCCAAGUGGUAAAUUUACUCUCGAGAUUGUCACUGAAAUUUGCCCACAGAAGAACACAUCUCUAGAGGGGCUCUAUAAAUCAUCAGGGAACUUCUGCACCCAGUGUGAGGCGGAAGGUUUCCGCAAAAUUACGUACUAUCAGGAUCGCCCUGAUAUCAUGGCGAAGUACACUUGUCGUAUUGAGGGUGACAAGUCAUUGUACCCUGUCUUAUUGUCCAAUGGGAACCUGAUAGAGCAAGGAGAUUUGGAGGGAGGGAGACAUUUUGCUGUAUGGGAGGACCCUUUUGUGAAACCAUGCUAUCUUUUUGCAUUAGUUGCAGGACAGUUGGAAAGCAGAGAUGAUACAUUCAUAACUCGUUCUGGCCGAAAGGUGUCACUCAGAAUCUGGACCCCUGCACAAGAUCUACCAAAGACAGCUCAUGCCAUGUAUUCAUUGAAAGCAGCUAUGAAAUGGGAUGAAGAUGUUUUUGGGCUUGAAUAUGACCUGGACCUCUUUAAUGUUGUAGCUGUUCCAGAUUUUAAUAUGGGUGCUAUGGAAAAUAAGAGUUUGAAUAUCUUUAACUCCAAACUUGUCUUGGCAUCUCCCGAAACUGCCACAGAUGCCGAUUAUGCCGCCAUAUUGGGUGUGAUUGGGCAUGAGUAUUUUCACAACUGGACAGGAAACCGAGUGACGUGCCGAGAUUGGUUCCAGCUUAGUUUAAAGGAAGGUCUCACUGUGUUCCGGGAUCAGGAAUUUUCAUCUGAUAUGGGAAGCCGUCCAGUAAAACGGAUAGCUGAUGUUUCAAAGCUUCGCUCGUAUCAGUUCCCGCAGGAUGCUGGGCCCAUGGCUCAUCCCGUGCGUCCCCACUCGUAUAUUAAGAUGGAUAACUUCUACACAGUCACGGUAUACGAGAAGGGAGCAGAAGUGGUUAGGAUGUACAAAACCUUGUUGGGAGCUCAAGGAUUUAGAAAGGGUAUGGAUCUAUAUUUCAAGAGGCAUGAUGGACAAGCUGUGACGUGUGAAGAUUUCUUUGCCGCUAUGAGAGAUGCAAAUGGUGCUGAUUUUUCCAAUUUCUUGCUAUGGUACUCCCAAGCUGGGACUCCUCGUCUCAACGUUGUUUCCAACUAUAAUGCUGAGGCAAAAACUUAUUCUCUCAAGUUUAGUCAAGAGGUCCCCCCAACCCCGGGUCAACCUGUUAAAGAACCCAUGUUUAUUCCCGUGGCCUUGGGCCUGCUUGGAUCCGAUGGCAAGGACAUUCCUCUAUCCUCAGUUUACCAUGACGGGAUGUUGGAGAGUAUUUCAAACAGCGGUCAACCAGCUCACACUACGGUCCUCAGAGUCACAAAGAAAGAGGAAGUAUUUGUGUUCAAUGACAUCCCAGAACGCCCUGUACCAUCUAUUCUAAGGGGUUACAGUGCUCCCGUUCGCAUGGAUUCUGAUCUCACUGAUGCUGAUCUCUACUUUCUUCUUGCUAACGAUUCCGAUGAGUUCAACCGUUGGGAGGCGGGACAGGUGCUGGCGAGGAAAUUGAUGCUCACCUUGGUAUCAGAUUAUCAACAAAACAAACCGCUUGUUCUUAACCAACAAUUCCUAAACGGAGUCAAAAGCAUACUCUGUGACCCGAGCUUGGAUAAGGAAUUCAUCGCAAAGGCAAUAACUCUGCCUGGUGAAGGAGAAAUCAUGGACAUGAUGGCAGUUGCCGACCCCGAUGCCGUCCACGCUGUUCGAUCUUUCAUCAGAAAGCAGCUUGCUUCUGAGUUGAAAAAUGAGCUACUUAUCACAGUGAAAAACAAUAGGAGCUCGGUGAAUUAUGAGUUUGACCAUCAAAACCUGUCGAGGCGUGCUCUCAAAAAUACUGCCCUUGCAUAUCUUGGCUCACUUGAAGAUGCAGAAAUAACGGAGCUUGCUUUGCACGAAUAUAAAACUGCUACAAAUUUGACCGAACAGUUUGCAGCACUGGUAGCCCUUGAUCAGAUUCCCGGUAAAGUGCGGGAUGAUGUUUUGGCUGAUUUCUAUAACAAGUGGCAACAUGAGUACUUGGUCAUAAAUAAGUGGUUUGCCCUCCAAGCCAUGUCAAAUGUACCCGGGAAUGUUGAAAAUGUUCGUAAACUGCUGGACCACCCCGCUUUUGACUUGCGUAAUCCCAACAAGGUGUACUCACUGAUUGGAGGAUUCUGUGGAUCACCGGUCAACUUCCACGCUAAAGAUGGGUCCGGCUACAAAUUUUUGGGAGAAUUGGUGGUACAGCUCGACAAAAUAAAUCCUCAGGUGGCUUCUAGAAUGGUAUCAGCCUUCUCCAGGUGGAAGCGCUACGAUGAAACUAGGCAAAAUCUUGCUAAGGCUCAACUGGAAAUGAUACUAUCUGCGAACGGGCUGUCGGAGAACGUGUUUGAGAUUGCAUCCAAAAGUUUAGCUGCUUGAUGCCCAUUUUAAAACUUGUCUGUUUUCUGAUUCAAUGUUCUACUUGGAUUCACAGUGACGAUAACAGGAUUCCUAUAUGAUGAAGGCUUGUUUUCUUAUUAAA